AUGGAGGGACGCGGGAUCCCGCCCGGCCCCCCCCGCGGGGGCCGAGGGCAGCGGGGCCGGGGUCGCGGCGGGGCCCGGGGCCGGGCUGCGGAGCGGCUGCCUCGGGCCCCCGAUCCCGGUCCGGCCCGCCCCCGCCCCGGCGGGCCCGGCCCCGCGGAGGAGCGGCUGCUGCGGGCCCUGGGGGCGCUGAGCCUGCGGGCCCCGCAGGACGGAGGGAGGCUGGUGCUGCUGCGGGGGCUGCCGGGCGCCGGCAAGAGCACCCUGGCCAGACAGCUGAAACGUGACAACCCCAGUGCUGUAGUACUUAGUACUGAUGACUUCUUUAUUGAAGAUGGUGUCUACGUCUUUGAGCCUGACUUCCUAGAGGAGGCACACAAGUGGAACCAGAAAAGAGCACGCAAAGCAAUGAAGAAUGGGAAAAGCCCGGUUAUUAUUGAUAACACCAACAUCCAUGCUUGGGAAAUGAAGCCAUAUGUGAUGAUGGCACAGGAAAAUAGAUAUGAAGUUACAUUCCAAGAACCAGAUACACCCUGGAAGUUCAAUGUUCAUGAGCUGACAAGAAGAAAUAUUCAUCGCGUCCCUCGGGAAAAGAUACAACGGAUGAAAGAACAAUACGAGCACAACGUCACCUUCCACAGUGUUCUCCAGUCUGAAAAACCAAGCAGGGAUGAGGGAAGCUACAGUGGAGCAAGUGCAGCUUAUGGGACAGGUCCCCAUCCCACCCACCUUCUUGCCUUCCCAAGGGGGAGACGUGGCACAGCACGUACGAAUAUGACACUUUAACUGAAGAUGUGCAUUCCUUGGUGUUUUAAUUAUCAGGGUACAAGAGUCUCUAGUUUUACAUGUUUUUCUAAACUGUUUUUUAUUCUUCUGUUUUUCUACUAAAUUCCUAAAUUACUUUUAUUUCUUACAAAUCUUUAAAUGACAUUGGACCAUGAUCUCACAGCUCUACGUGACCACUGUAAGAGCACUGUACCCAGUACAAACUGUACUCUGUCUCAUCCCUCUUCCUCCAUGAAAAUCCAUCCAGGCAUAUGUGAAAUGCACUGGACUCUACCACAUGGAUAUUUUUUUCUGCAUCACAGUCUGACACUAGCAGUAAACAUUCCUAACUUAUUUCUGUCUUAAGGCCAUUGUGGCCAAUUCUUUCCCCACACAAUUGGCAUUUCUUGCUAUUUUAAUGCUUUAUAUCUGACUGUAUGAACUUUUUGUCUCUACUACUUGCCUACAGCAUUAUUGUAACUUUCAGAGGCAAAGUGAAUGAUGGCAAAAGUAGCUCGACAGAUUGUAGCAAGAGCUGAUGCUGUUCCCUCUCUCCACUGACUGGAUUCAUGCUGCUCUUAUCUCACUCACAAACAGCUUCUCCAGCCUACAAGCAAAACACUUCAACAAAGCAACCUUAACUCUUCAUCUUGCCAAGACAUAGGAGUUCACUGAUCCCAAGAUGGAGAGGCUCCUAAAAUGAAACAUUAGUGUUAGGCUUGUGCUUGUUAACUCCUAGGUGGGAACAGGGCUCUGAAGCAGCUCUGAACAGCUGAAGCAGAAACACAGACCAAGGAGCUAUUUAAUUAUAACUCUGCAUGGCAUUUUGCUGUGAAUCAAAUAAUCAUAGCUGUUCUUUAAACCUCCCUUAGUGCUAUAUGGAAAGUCUGAGGAGAAAAGUACAAGAACUGUGCCAGAAUAGCAGAGCAACAUUUCAGAAUUAAAGUGUUCGGUUUGCUGAAAAUAAGAGAACUCUUUAUUAUGCCCUGUGCCACUCUGGACCGCCAAACAACUACUCUGAUGUUGCAGAGGGAAACAAAACUGAUGGCUUUAGACUGAAACAAAGAUCCUGCUGUAAUAGAAGAACACAGAAUCAAUAACUUACAAAAUGUCAUCAAACCCUCAGCCACACUGAUGUUAUUGUACAAUACAUCUUUGUGAGAAGUGUUUACAUACUAAACUUCAAACUAUUUUGCAAAUGAAGUGUUAUUUAAUAAGCCUGUUUUUGUAAUAGAACUUUAUUAAAUACAACCAAGUUUUAAUGUACAAAGUGUAAAAAUAAUUUGAAUUUGAAAUAUAUACAAUACUGUACAUAUGCAGUAGCAGCAUUUUUGGGAUUUUGGUCUUUGUAGCAUUCUGUGGGCUGGUAAUGAGCCUUCAUGUUCCUUUGAGUUCUUCUGAAGAGCCUCAGCUACUUCAGAACUGCUUUUGAUGAGUUAUUUGCUUCCCCAGUACACCUGGAACUAUUUCUGGAUGAAAGAUCAUCAGAUAAAGUAGUAGCAGUUGCAUUCCUGUUUUCAUUUACAGAAUCCAUCUUCUUUUCUUCUGGUAAAUUAUUCAUGAGUGCUUGUGUAUUAAUCAUUGCCAGUUCUUCAUCAGCAACCAGGUCAUUCUCAGGAAGAUGAACAGUUUCUCUCACUUUUCUGCAAGGGGUGACAAGGCCAAUAUUCUGAUCUGUCCCUUUACGUGACUUGCCAUGCUGUAAACCCAAACUUCGUGGAGGCUGAAAUGCUCUUUUAACAGAUGGAGAAAUUACUGAACAUAUUGGUGUCAGUGGUGGAGGGGCAGGUAUGCAGCUGAGGAAGUCCAUAGCUUUUCUCUUUUUGCUGGUUUUGAGAUAGUUUUCCUUAAUUGUAGCAGGUGAAGGUGUUUUUGCUGA